GUCGCGCCAGGCUCCAGGGGUGUAAAUAGUACGUGGCCUCUGAGGCUGGAGCAGCUCAGAGUAGAGAUGGCAACCGAGCGAGAGAUGUGCAGCUAACCCGGCUGCAUUUGCUCGCCCGGUAAGGAAGGCGGAGGAAGAAGAAGCGGAUCAGGUGGGAAGGAUGAGUGCGUAUGCUGACAUUUAUGCAUCGAAGCAGGGACAACAGGGUACCACAGAGGGGGGUUACCAGCGCUAUGGAGUUCGCUCUUACCUGCAUCAGUUUUAUGAAGACUGCACAGCAUCCAUUUGGGAGUAUGAUGAUGAUUUUCAGAUCCAGCGAUCACCCAACAAGUGGAGCUCUGCAUUCUGGAAGGUUGGACUCAUCUCGGGAACAAUGUUUAUGCUGACAGGGAUCAUAGUUCUAGUAGUGGGGUUUCUGGUACCCCCCAAAAUUGAAGCCCUUGGAGUAGAAGAUUUUGUGGUGGUGGAUACCCAUGCUGUUCAAUUUAACAGAGCCCUUGAUGUGUGUAAGUUGGCGGGAGCAAUAUUGUUUUGCAUCGGAGGGACCACAAUGGCAGCCUGCUUGCUUAUGUCUGCAUUUGCAAAAAGCUACUCCAAAGAAGAAAAAUACCUGCAACAGAAAUUUAAGGAGAGAAUAGCAGAUAUAAAAGUCCAGACACAUCCAGUCACAAAAGCCCCAGCACCUGGAGAAUCCAAGAUACCUGUUACGUUGUCCAAAGUUCAAAAUAUCCAGCCAUUAUCUGAAACCUGAUUCUUGCUCCCUCUUUCCUAACACACCCUUCUUGUGAUUUUGAAAAGGUGGUCUCGGCUAGCACUUGAAUCUGCAUUUGCAGUGCAGCAGUUCCGCACUCAGUAGGGAAAGGAGCAGGCAGGAAAAAAUUAUUUUGAUAGGACUACAGAAGUGACGAGAAAGUGAAGUUCAGCCAUUACUGGUUUCAAUAAAGCAUUAACAUAUGUGUUGUGAAGUUUUUUUUUUUAAAGUCCACAGAAUCAUUUAGAUUCUCCCCUUCCAAAACAUGGUUCAUUCUUCUCCACCCAUCCCUUCACUUUACAUAUUUUGUUCCUUUUAAAUAAUGAACAUGUUUGUUUAGUGUGAACUGUUUAAAUAGUGUUCUGUUCAAAAAGAACAGUUAGAGUCCCACAAAAGCUCUGUGUAUGCAUGUAUUGGAGAACCAUGCAGAAAGCAGACAAUUUCUAUUUCUACCAGACUUGUUUAUUCCCCUGGAGUACAAGCAGAACAGCAGCUUGUCUCUUACACAAACAGAAAAGAAACCAUCAGCUGCACACGAUUCUCCUCUUUCAUGCCCAAAGUGUUCUAUCCAUUCUGAAUUUAAACUGGCCAACAAGAAUGUGUUAUUCAGAAGUGGGGCCCCAGGAUCACAUUAGCCCCAAUACUUAUUUCUUUGGCCUUCAAAAAUCCCUCCUACUGCAAUUGUGAAUUUCAGCUUCCCGCUGUUUUGAGAUGGGAACGCAAUUUGCUUGUGUUUUGUAUCUCAAGUAGGCUUAAUACUGUUUUAAAAACAUAGAAAAACCCACUUCCAAAAGCAGAAAAUCAAAGUCCUGCCCUCUUGCAUGAUGCAGCCCACUCUUUGCUUCACCAUGCAAAUUCAUUCCCAACCAUUAUUUUUAUUUAUAUAUAUCAACAGUAGCAAAUGAUGGUGCAACUUUUAAGUCAAAAUAUAUAGUAUUCAAGGCCAGCCAAUUUAUCAUAUGCAGCUUGUCUUUUUAAAGAAAUUCAAUAUUUUUAAUCAUCAAAAGGAAGACUGCAUCAAACUGGUUUCUUCUGGGGUCAUUCUCAAUCCCUCAGUCCAUAUCUAUCUAUCUAUCUAUCUAUCUAUCUAUCUGUCUGUCUGUCUGUCUGUCUGUCUAUCUAUCUAUCUUUCCUUUUUAACUCUCCGUUUCUAUUAAGAUUCACCAAGGAGAUUUUAAAAGGUGCCCCAUGUUUAGAAUGGAAAAGAAUACAGGCAUAAUUAAUUCACUUGCAGGUCUGGCCUUGGGCCCUUAUGAAGGAAAAAAAUGACCUGGGUGAUUUUGCUAGACAGGGUGCACCGUUUGAUUAGGAGAAGGUGAGGGCAAUAAAAUGCCCAUCCUGGGCAUUGGGAUGUGUACAUAGAGCUCUUACGGUGUACACAGGCAAAUGGAAAUCCCUCCUUUUAAUUUCAUGGU